AUGCUAAAAGUCCUUUUCAUAGUUGGCUUAGUCGCAGUCGUGAGAUGCUCUCAUUUCGAUUCUUUCUCCUGGCAAGAUUACCCUGAGACCUAUGAGGGGUUGCCUGAAGAGUACUCUCGACUGCGAUAUUCAGGUGAGUGAACCUGCCUUUUUAAUGGCUAGUUAAUUUGCUAAAUUACCUUCAAAUGACACAUAAACGGAGAGUGAAAACACCAGAAAGUACUUUGUCUAGACGCAUAUUCAGCAGUAAAGAAAGGUUAGAAAAUUUUUCCACAGAAAUAAACGUAUACAAGCCUCAACAGUCACUGGAGUUCCCACACGAAUCGCAAACAUUGGUUGAGAAUUAGAAUUUUCGCGUUUCUUUGUCAGUGCUGUCACCAAAGAGGGGCAAAAUGCUUAAUCAUUAUUUAAGGAUGCCCUUAUGCGACGCGCAGAAUACCUCAGAGAAGCUAAUUCUUAGUAGUAUAUCAGUUUGCGCAUUUUAUUUUAUAUCACUUCGCUAAUGAAUUUACCGGGAGAUGUGGCAAAAACGGGCUCAUUUGCUUACAAACGAAAACUGCUAUGUCGAUAAAGAAACGGACUCAAUAGUUAUUAUUUCACCAAAUUUUGAAGGGAAUAUGCAGUUCAGUGCUAUUGAACCCCAGGCGAGUAUUAGGGUUGUCAAAAAGUGCGCCGUGCACGGCAACACUUUUCUGAGUAAAUUUCCAUAGAACAAAUUAGUACACUUCCUCCCGUUUCUAAUUUCAGUAUGGGUGGAACCAUACAUUUGAUCUAAAUCGAAAUUUUAGGGUUAAGUUGCAUUAACGGCUCGUCCAGUAAGAUAGUAAAGAACUAAGGACAAUUUCUACAAAAUACUAUACGUUAUCUCUGAUGUUCCUGUGUUUCAGAAAAAACGUGAAUCGACGAGAUAAAAUCUCACAGUCCAUCCUUGGCGGGUGGGCCGUCUAUUUUCACGUCGAGAAUUUAAAAAAGAGCUCCUAAAUAUUCAAAAAUAUUCAAAUUCGCCCUUUUCACAACAAUUAUCAAGUUUUAUAUUGUACAUUCCCAUUGUUUGAAAAGUACAAAUAAUUUAUUAUGCAGCAUUGGAAAAAGUAAUAUUACCUUAACCAAGUCAUGCAGCAAAGGCUAAUCAUGAUUGGUCAUCUCAUAAUGUUUGCCAAAAUAUCGCUUUAAGUAACUUUUUAACUACCUGAUUCUAUAAUUCUGUUGCAAAGUCAAUAAAAAAACGAUGCCGGGGUAUUUUGCCGUUUUUUUCUUCUAAAAUGGAUGAAUGAGCUCCUCAGUCUACCGUCUCCAGUGCCUGCCUGGAGCCGCACUUGAUUACAGGCCUAAGAAUUGUAUUUUCCCAGUGUGCCUAGUAACGUGUUUCAUGCACUUGUUGUGAAUUAUCUUGCUAAUAUAGGUUAAAGGCCCGCUUUUAUUUGUUAUUCGAUAAACAAGGUAUUUUAGAAUUAAAAUAAACUAGGCAAACAGCCUCAGUACUGGAAACGAUCAAGACGACCCCUGGAAGGCGGAAAUCAGAGGUUGUGGUCCUAGCAGGUUAUCGUGUUUUAUUGACGCUACUACGACAUCAUUUGUAACAUAAAUUUUGCUUACUAUUCUGUACAGUAAAUGUGAAGGGUCAGCUCAUGUUUCAUUUAAUACUAGCAAAAAAUAAUUAAAAAUAAAAUUAGGAUAGAUACUUUCUCCGCAGAGGUAACACUGCCAUAGGGCACAAAGAAAAACCCCAUCCCUCAGUAAAUAGAAAAAACAGAGACACAUUUCAGAUGACAAAUUAUGGGGAACAAAUAAAUUAAACAUGAUAAGCCCGUUAGAGAACCUGCAUAAAAAGUAACGUCUUGCGCCCAACUUAUAUGCGCCAGUCAGAUUCAAAUUUUUUGGCCCCGUUUUAGUCGAAAGUGGGAGGUUCGUUGCAUUUAGAUAUUUAAUGUGAUUAGUUUAGACCUUGACUGACUUUUUAGUUCAACGAGACGAAUAAUGCUUGUCAGACGCUGUCAAUUCUAAAGUAUGGGUACGUAGUUGAUGUAUAUUUAAUGAAAUCAAAGCAUAAAUUAUUCAUGCUAAAUAAAUCCAGCUGCAAACGGCAUGAUAAAUAUUAAAUAAAUUUUUGAGCAAAUGUAAAAUUCGAAAGCAGGGAAAAACCGAUGUAGGUCAGACAUGGACGGCUGAGUCGACCUAUGCAAUAAUAAGAUCAGCCCGACUUUCAGAGGGUGUGGCGAAAGCAUUCCUUAUGAUCGGUUUUAAGGUGAUAGUAGAAGAAUGAAUAUUGUUAUGUAUGUUUUCCAUGAAAUAUAAUUGAAUUUUUACGGGCAUCGGAAAUCAAUGAGAACAUUGCAUGCUACUUAAGUAGUCAUUUUUGACAGAGUAUAGUUCUUGCAUACAGUCGAAAAUAAGUCCAUUCGAAAGCCGACACCCUACGGUAACAGGAUCAUUAUAGAAUUAUGCUGCAUGAUGAUAAGUUUUACAACCGUACUUAGUUAAUCUUUUCGAAACGUGAACGCAUUUCGAAAUUACGACUGACAUUUCACGAGUUAGCCCACCUACUGUAUAAAGGAUCUGUAAUAUGUCCCACCAUGCUUAAUGCGUAUAUAAACAGUAAAUAUAUUUAGCACACAUGGCCUUAAAACAAGCUUCAAUUUUUUUUACUGUGGACAAAGGUAGGCUUAAGUAAGAAGUGAUAGUUGUUCUCAAAAAAUGACGCCUGUAGUUUGAGUCGCCUGUUAUAGUUAGGAGAAAGUUUUGAGUCACACAAGAGUGGCUGAUUGACAAGGAAUGCCCGCUUAUACAGAAAUGAUUUCAAACACCCGACCUAAUGGUAGAGGAAAAUGUGGUAGCCUUUAACUAAGACGUUAAGGCCUUAAUAUGGCCGUAGUAUUUUAGGUAGAACUGUUAGUACAAAUGCUAUUUUAAGGGUGUACAUGUUAGAGAUAUUCAAUGACCCUGUUUAUACCAAUGCUCUGUACUCUUAAGUACACGUAGGUCGAAGGCACUUUUCCCCUACAUCAGCAUUACCCUUUGCAAAUGUUCAAUUUAAGAACAUCAGGAACGGCAUUAAUUGCAAAUUGAAUCGAAAAGGUGAGUUCUAGAAAGAAGAUAGGGAGAAGAAGUUGCGACCGCUGGAACAAGUGAAAAUGUGGAACGUCCGGUGAACAGAAUUCUUGUUAGAGCGAUCGCUUCUCCCCCUCAGUGCAUUUCAGUUAUCUGCAAUCUGACACAAACUCUAUUUUAAAAUUUAACGGCGGAAUUGACUAAUAUGGCCGCCCUAAACAGGGAAUGGGAUUGGAUACGCCUGCCCAAGUAAUAAAGGUGGACUUUCGCAUAAUUCCGAAAAGGAGAGAAUAUUCCUGUGUCUUAACCCCAACAAUAAACCUAAUAUAAAAUUAAAAAGUUGUCCUAAUCUUGACCCUGACCCUACCCUAAAUUUUAAAGUUACAGUCAACCCUAAACUUGAUUCUGACUUGCCUUACCGUCCACUUUAAAUCCACCCUUAAACCUAUUCCUUAAGUUAGUCUUAACCCUGACCUCAAACCUAACCUUAAUUUUACUGGAAACUGGCUCACAGCCACACGUAUUGCAGGCGGUUCUUUUACCCAUGUCAUGUUUAGGGGGCCAUAUAAGUCAGACUUACCAAUUUGACAGACAAUUUGGCCCUAAAACUGAGGCAUUCAGGCUCAUCAUCCGAGUUAACAAGGAAUUUCUGAUGGUCAUCUUGUGACCGGUUAAUUUUGAGAAAGGAAGUCGUUGUCGUGGGUCUGUUAGGGGGAGUCUUAUUGGAGGUCUACAAACGAAGUUUCUAUUCUCCGGCAGAUAGUCAGGUGGUCGUUUUCACAGCAAUAUUCCCUUACAAUCGACGCGCUGCAUGUGCUACCCCUCAGAAAAUCUGUUAACGGUAAGACUAGAAACAAGAAUGCUAAACUGACCAAAGUCAAUGAUUUCAUUCAUGAGCUUUGCCUUUACGACUGGGCGCUCAUAAAGGGAAAUUUAAGGACGUCUGAUUAAAAUUAAUUGUCGAUAGAAAUAUUUGCAGAAAAAACACAGAAAGAGAAGGCUUUUCCAUAAGCUUUACUGUUUCGUAUUUUUUGAUUAUCUGGACACUGCAAUGUUCAUUGACUGAGCAUUGACGUCUCUGCAGCCUCCUUCCAAAUCACCCUAAUGCCUAUAUCAGAUGCUACUUGAUCCACAAUAUUAACUUAUGGCCUCUUGAAACUGACAUUUAUAUCAGCAACAGGUUAGAAAUUUUCCAAGUCGGUUCACUUUGAAGAAAGGCCGAAUAGGUUGUUAGUUUGUACUUUUACACAAUCUUUACUGCCUCUGGCAAGGAGCGUAGUCCUAACAUGAUUGUUGGGAGUGGGUAAUUAUUCUCAAGGGCAAAAAUGCCCUCAUUAAUCUUCGAACUCCCUACAUGACCUUAGCAGGCUCCAACGGAAGUAGCCGUCCCCUUCGCUGGUGAAUGAAGAUCGCUCUUCUGUGUCAUAUUCCGUCGUACUUCGAGCACUGAGACAAAAGUUUGUGCGAACAAGAAAUCACUCAGGGUAUUUUGGAUCAGGGCUUUUACGGAAGCAAGUGAAGUUGACGCAGUGAAGAAAGGAGUCUAGGAAAAUAAAAAGUGGCUGCUGUUUUUUUCUCCUGUAAAUGUUUACGGGGGAGAAAAAUCACAACCAUCAGGGACGCCGAGCGUACGCUUUUGAAGCAUGUACGCCUUUGAAUGUACUUCUUUUUGGUCCCCUGUUACCACCGGACUCGCUAAAAAGCGGUUACUUGAGCAGCAUGGAUUUUUUUGUUGAUUUCUGAUGCUCUCAUAAAUUAAAUUUUUUAUUGAAAACAUGUUCAAAAAAUAUCAUUUCUUGCAUUCCUUUGGCAGUAUGUAAGGUCUUCUAUCGAAUUCAUACUCAAAGAAGGGGUAAACUUUGAUUUUUAAAAAGGCUGUAUUUAUGAGACAUUUUGGACCGUGGAACAUUCACUCAACUAGCAUCCUGUCUGUUCGUUCAUUUGGGUUGCGCAUGAAUUAUACGACAUACCUCACACUCAUUGAAGGAUGUUGUGAGCCUUAUAAGGUAUCUUCUUAACAGCAUAAAGGAGUGUAGUAUUUUCCCUAGAUGGAAAGUAUAAAGUUUGGGGACUUCAAAUCCAAAACGCAGGUGUAACAUCAAGUCGGGCUCAAAAUUAUCCCGAAGUCGGAAGAUUUCCAGACCUAAAUUUAACCUUUGUCCGAGUAAAAAGUUUGAAAAAGACGCGAUUUACUACCAGAUUGGAAAAGGAAGGGAUAUUUUUGAGUGUCUUUUCCAUAAAUAUAUCUUAAUGCAUAAGGGCAUCGAAAAUCAGCAGAAAAAUCGCAUUAUUUAAUGUCAAUAUUUAAUGACUGCCGAUUUUGCAAUCGUCCGAACAGAGUUGCAUUUAAAAGUCUGCCUCCUAGCGUGAUCGACAUAUCUAGGGAUUAUCCUGCUCAAUAAUCAUUCCUACAACACUGCUUAAGUAGUCCUCCCUAAUCAGAAACGCAGUUCAGAAUUUCGGUUAGCAUUUCAUGAGAACAGUCACUGACUGUAGGACUCUGCUUAACUUUCUUUCCGAUCAUAAGUGGUGAUGAAAUCAUCUAAAUAAAUUAUAUCGAUAUCAAAAGCAAACCAGCUGUUCGAGAAUAAGUUCUUAGUUGUCAUAUAUUUUAUCAUUCGGAAGAGUCAAAGAGUUCCUUUUCUAUUAGAAUAAACCGACGACAUUUUGGAUUAUUUUGAAGUCCGAAUAUUUUACGGGAGGUUUGAACACGCUUAUUUACAGUCCAAAUGCGCACAGAAAUUAAUGUAUAUUAAGAAAACCUAGGCAGUUAUUGUGUUUGUUUAAGAAACUAGGAUUGGCUAUGCAGGGUUACUCUCCCUUGCCCAAUGAGUGAGCAAACAUCACCGGCUACUCUAAUUAUGACAUUCCCAGUUUGCAUUUGGGAGGAUUUUAACAUUUCUCGCUUACUAUAAAAAGCUGUUUAUCCAAAUGGACAAUUUGAACAGCCCUCCUAGACACACUGACACACACCAAUAGGUUUACAAAUCUCUUGUUAAAGAAAAAGGGAACUGCAAAACGACUGGGAAAAAACGCAUGCGCGGUUGUUUGGGGUUGAAUGUUUCGUCUUUUUCAUCCUCAGAAAGCAGCGGUACAUUGUUCAAAUCGAGCAGUUAACUCUUAUACGUAGAUGGCAUUGUGCACAACACACAGCUGGAAACAUAUGCAUGGUUACUUUUAUAUUUACAGUGCGUGACCUAUCUCAUGAAAUGUUGGCUGAAAUUCUGAAAUGCGUUUUUGAUUAGGAAGGAUUACUUGGUCGCGGUUGUGAUACUGAUUAUCAUAAGGUAUACUCUUAUAACAUUUUGGACUCGGCAGGAUGUCGGCUUUUAAAUGCAUUUCUUUUCAAUCUCCUGUAGAAAGCGUGCUCGGUAAAAAAUGACUACUUAUGUAGCAUGCAUUUUUUCCAUUGAUUUUUGAUUGUCUUGGAAAUUCAAAUAUAUUUUAUAGAAACCACAAACAAAAAUAUGCUUUCUUUUAGUCAAUCAGUAGAGAAUCACGUCUUCUUUAUAUUUUAUACUAAAGGAAGGAGUAUAAUUAGGUUUUAAAAAAGUUUCUAAUUAGGAGACUUUUUAAGGCCGCAAUAUGUCCAUUCACAUAGCAUCGUACCUGGGCGUUUACCACUGCUCCUCAUAAAAUGUACAACAUGGUCCGCAUCCACUGCAAAAUUUUAUGGACUCUGUAUGAUAUCUCUUUAAUAACAUAGAAAAAUAUGGGAUUUUUUUUACGCGGAACGCAUGCACCUUGCAGAGUGUAAUCACUAAGCGCUAAUGCAACGAAUGAUCAGGCUCCAAAUUUUUCGGCAAUUAGAAAACUUUUUUAAAACCUAAUUAUACUUCUUCCUUAAGUAUAAGAUACAAAAUAGACGCGAUUCUCUACUGAUUGACUAAAAGAAAGCAUAUUUUUGUUUGUGGUUUCUAUAAAAUAUAUUUGAAUUUCCAAGACCAUCAACAAUCAAUGGAAAAAAGGCAUGUUACUUAAGUAGUCAUUUUUUACCGAGCACGCUUUCUACAGGAGAUUGAAAAGAAAUGCAUUUAAAAGCCGACAUCCUGCCGAGUCCAAAAUGUUAUAAGAGUAUACCUUAUGAUAAUCAGUAUCACAACCGCGACCAAGUAAUCCUUCCUAAUCGAAAACGCAUUUCAGAAUUUCAGCCAACAUUUCAUGAGAAAGGUCACGCACUGUAUUUACCAAAGGUGCUCUGCACACCUUUUAAUAUCUUCUUCAGUGUCUAUUUCAGUAAUUUGUGAUAAUAAAGAGUUGAAGCAAUACAUGUUUCCUUUAAAUUAUGCCUAUUACAGGCGUUUUCUCCGCAACUACCUCAUAGGAGAAAUCUCAUCAAACUAUCAGAGUAAAGAUACUUAACUUCAAGCUGGCGUCUUCGAAAAACCACCAGAAGACACUUCUUGGAUCCCUUGAAUCCCCAUAAGUUUUGCCUAUGGCUUCAGUUUGUCAAGAAUUUUCCAAGGUUUUUAUAAAGUAUUCUGCGACAUGACAAUUAUACACUACGAAGUCAGGGAGCGUUAGUAACUUAUGGGGAAAUCUGAACGUAUAAAUGAUUCUUCUAAACUGUUCUAGACGAACGCGUUUUAGAAAUAAGACAUGUAUUCAGUUGUUUUUCGAUUUUGAAAACUGUGGGGCACCUGAUUUAAACAAGGCCUAGCAGUAUUUAAAAGCCCUCUGAAAUCGCGUAUCAUACUGUGGAAAUCGAUUGUAGUCAUUUCUACACCGGCCGUAUUUUGAAGAGUAAUGGUUUGGAUGGCCAACAAGAAGAACAUAGGAGGAAUUCUGUGUUAUAGAAGACAAUGUUGUUGGUGUAUGCUCCAGCAGCGUACAAAAAAUUGAAUUCAUUUUCAAUUUUAGAGCUGGAUGACGGGGAUCCGGUAGUAUUGCGGAACAAUUAUGAAAGCGAUGCGCCGGCGAAGUCUGAACAGUCCAGCAUCAUGGAUACUUACGAGACCUUCAAACGACAGGCAGAGCGCGGUAAUUUUCACAAUUUCCGGCAAUUUAAAACACGAAAAAAGCAUUAACCAGGGCCAGCAGACAGUUUGAAAACAGCGAAAGGGACAAUUAAAUGCUCGCAGUGUGCAACCACCUUAGGAAGGCACCAGUUGAAAUACAGAAAUGUGAUAGUAGACACAACUGGAGCUGUAAUGCCGAUUAAAAGUGGAACGUAAUCUCAAGUUUAUUUUUAUCGACUUGUGUUUAAGCGUCCUCUUAACUAUCUGAGAAGUAAAGACUGACAAAAAUUCACUACCCAAAUGAUGAAUACUUGCUCUUCAAUUGUGGCUAUGUGUACAAAUUUAAUUAUGUUGCCUAUAAAGAUGUGCAAAUAACUAAUUGAGUUCCUGUUUGUUAAGAAGCAGGUGUCUUGUUGGAGAUUUAUGUUUAAUGGAAUGAUGUUUUUGGCUUGUGACAAAUUUUAUUAUUCUCUGUAUGGUUUUGGAAGUAAGUCAUGUAUUCAGUUUUUCUUCGAUUUUAAAACUACGUCACACCUGGUUUAUAUAAGACAAAUCCUAUAUAAUCCCCCACAUUGAGGCGAAGAAAUCUUUUAACGUUUGUGGAUAGCGAAUGCAGGUUGAGAUCCAUUUUCGUGCACUUUCCUGAACGGCAAUCACGAACCUUUGGAUUUUGUGCUAAAAUGCCUUCCAAAUAUAUCAAAUAUUCCUCCUAUCUGCAAACUUCUGAAGCCAUUUUCACAAGGACAAAGUUUGGAUGUGAAAUAUUUCUACAUGAAGACUCUGAACAAUUAUUUGAUUCUUGUUUGGUUAAACACUAAUACGUAUGUCCCAAAUCAAAGGCGACACUUAAAAAGGCUUAAAUAGGAUUUUCUGACCACGAUUUACACAGGAGUUGAGGAAAGUUAAAAUAGCUAUAUAGUCUUAAAAGUGCCCCAAAUUAAUGUUUUUGGAUCUGGGAAGAUGCCUGCAAAUUCAAAGUUAUAUUGUGCAGUGCUCAAUAUUUAUCGGAUAUUAUGUUGAGUACACCUUUUUGACAUAUUUCUUUACAAACUGGAGAGGAAAAAUGAAAGAAUAAGAGCAUAUUAUCGAGUUUUGUGCAUUAAAAUGUAUAUUUUAGCCUAUUCACGCAUAGUUCUUGAGUUGUUUAGAAAUAGUGAUGGUUCCUGAUUAAGCUUAUGUAAGCCAACCACUGUCGUUUGCGCUAAUUUGCAAUUUUUCGAUAAAGCAAAUAUCUAAAAUUUUGUUAAAAAUCAUUAAGCUAAAUGUCCUUGUCUCGACUAAAUUCGAAAGUAUUGUAUGUCCAUUUAAUUACAGUAAGUGGGCUAAGUCAUGAAAUGUCUACCGAAAUUCAGAGAUGAGUCUUCGUUUUGAAAAGAUUAAUUAAGUAGGGUUGUAAAACUCAUCAUCAUGCAGCGUAAUUCCAUGCUAAGUCAGUUACCCCAAGAUGCCGGUUUUCUAACGAACGUCUUCCCGGCUGCAUGCAACGACCAUGUUCUGAAAAAAUGACUACUUAUGUAGCAGGCAUUUUUCUCAUUGACUUUCGAUGCCCUUAAAAAUUCAAUUAUAUUCCUUGGCAAACAUGCAAAAAAUAUUCAUUAUUUUGCUUAUUCGGUAGAUAAUUACGUCUUCUUCCGAUUUUAUACUCGAGGGAAGGGUAUAAUUCCGUUUUCAAAAACUUUUCCAUUUGCGGAGUAAUUGUGAACACGACCUGCCGUUACACUUGCAUUUAGGGUUUCCAAACUACAGGCCUUAUAUUUUCCGCGUACGGAAAGCCAUACAUUUCUCUACGGUACUAAGGGAAGACAAUAUUAGUUUCAUAAAAUUAAGCAGUGGAUUUGAGCCAUAUCGGUAACUUUACAAGUCACGGUGGUAAAUUCCGAGACAUGACGUUUUAUGAACGGGCAUUUCACGACAUUAAAAAAUCUCAUAACUAGAACUUUUAAAACCGAAUUAUACUCUCUUUCGAGUAUAGAAUUGGAAGAAGACGUACAUUUCUACCGACAGAGUAAGAGAAUGAAUAUUUUUGUGCAUGCUUUCUAUAAAAUAUAAUAGAAUUUUUAAGGGCAUCGAAAAUCAAUGCGAUUUAAGUAGUCACUUUUUACAGGAUAUAGUUAUUGCAUGCAACCGGAAAGACGUUCUUUAGAAAGCCGGCAUCUUCAGGUAACUGAAUUAUUAUGGAAUUAUGCUGCACGACAAUUAGUUUUACAACCUUACUUAAUGAAUAUUUCCGAAACCAAGACGUAUUUCAAAAUUUCGGUAGACAUUUCAUGAGUUAGCCCACAUACUGUACUUUUUGCGAGAGCCACGUUAGAGAUGUUUGUCGCGCGGAAAAAAAAGAGGUUAAUGAGUUAUGCGGAUGUUCCUUAAAAUCGAUUCCUCCAGAGUGCGACGGUUGCAAUAUCAGAUGCUGUCCCCUAAAAUAUGAACCGUGCGAAUCGAGCUUGCCCUCCGGGCUGUCCGAAGAUAACAAAUGACCUUACACUGACGCCGAUGCAUGCAAUAAACAAAGGAAGUACUAAUCAUGCUUCAGUAAAUAGUUAUUUAUAACAGACUGACAAUAUCGUGCAAUAUUUUGUGAAAGUACCUUCAGCAUCUUCACAAAUCGCUGUUUGUUUCCGACCUUUGCCCAAUUGCAUAUUUAUGUUGAUAUGCAUUUAUCAUUUGCAUCGUGCUAAGCUGCCAAACCCAUGUCAUUUACGGGUAAGUUAUCAUAUAAAAAUUGCUUUUUUCAAAGUAAACAUGGUGAUUUAUUACAGAGCGAGAUACUUAAAUCAGUAGGCCUCCGUUGUUGCACCACGAAAGAUCAAGGAUAAUGAGCGAAGAAUAAGAUAUAUGCCGACUCUCAAGCUGAACUUAUGUUUCAGAUUAAUUUGUUAACUGAAUUUUGUGGUUUACAGCUUUACUUGACGGACCGUUUCCAUAUAAAGGAAAAUAAUGUAACAUGGCAACCAUAAGAACCUUGUUUUGCGCAAAUUUGCCAGUAAAUGGCAUAAAUUGGCAUACUGUCCGAUGUAUAAUAUAAAAGUCUCAUUCAGAUAUUAACAUACCAGGGGCAGUUGGCUGUUUUACAGUCCUUGCCGACAGUUUGUGCGCCAUAGGCCCGUUAUAUACCCUCUGAAGUGGACUAUAUAAAAUUAACGGGACUGAGCAAAGUAUCAACCACAGCAAGUGAGGGUCACGCGCCUACUGGACCAGUGUAUGUUUAUAAUGUAAUGCGAAGAAAAAUUAGUCCUUUGGGAAACUGAACAAACUUUAUUUCGUAAAUUUUCGACGCUGGUUCCCCAGGUCUUUGUUAUACGUUAGGAAACACCAUAUAUAAGUGCCACACAAACCGACGACUAUGCGACACAAUCAGUUUGUACACCCCGAGAAUAGGGUUGGCUAUUUGGAUAAGAAAAAAACGUCUAUAAGAUUCCUUGCGACACCUGCAGUGCGGCAUACUAUGGUCAAACUGGGAGAUCCUGUUCUACACGCCAAAAUGAACAUCAGCUGGCAGAAAAGAGGCAGGACUGCCUAUCCUAAGUUGCCAUGCACGCUCUAGAAUCUAGGCACAAAUUUGCUUUGGAUAAAACGCGCAUUGUCAUUUCCUGCCCAUAUAAGAAAGGCCGAGAAUUUCUAGAGGUCACUCACUCUGAUGAGUCAUGCGUCAAUGAGGGCACCUACAUAUCUGGACGUCAUGUACAUAAAUCUAAAAGAAAAUUGGAAAAGGUUAUAGCCACUUAGAACGUGAUGUCAGCCCACAGCAUCGACCCAUACCCAGCAUUGACGAAGUAAUAUCGAUUUUUCGGGCAUGUUUACAUUUUAACAGUUUUUCACGUUUUCCGCACGUCUGACGACAGCCUGGGGAACCAGCGUCGAAAAUUUAUGAAAUAAAGUUUGUUCAAUUUGUCAAAAAACUCAUUUUUCCUUGAGAUUUUCCCAUAUCAAACUGUGGGAUCCGCUCUCCCUAUUGCGUCUUGGACCUCAAUUUACGGCCCACGCUGGCAGUUGUGGAGCGACCUUUAUGGAUGUAGGAAGAAGUUAGGGGGGAUUGGGUUAGUCAUUUUUGACUUAUUAGCCUUCGUCAGGCACACUUAACCCUAGGCUUGCAUAGCUUGGAAUUCGACGAGAUGGAAUGCAAUAAUAGUGGUCCCACUCUUGAAUGACUUCGAAGAAAAGCAACAAUCGCAGUUUUUAUGCGGACCGCCACUUCAAUUUUCCCCGAUUAAUGCCAAAGUCAGCUGUGUCAUCCGGGAAACUUUAAUAUGCAAGAAUCUGACUAGUCAGAAUUUGCCUGCGUCAAAUUAUCUUGUAAUCACAGCUCUUAAUCUUGUUCCAUGAAUUCAUUUCUGUGAGAGGUAAGAACUAAAAUAUUACAAAGUUUUGACUACUAGAUACCUCAUACAAACACUAGUCGAAUGAAGUUUAGCAAAUUAGUCUUUUAGAUUCUACUUAUCUCAACUUGCAAAGAUGAGAUAUGCAUAUUCCUACUUUAGUUCAGGCCGCGACCGCAUCUCUCAGCAAAUGCGCACUAGGCAUGCGUAAAAUACCUUUAUGAUUAAACCAUUUGGCCAAUCAAAAUCACGUUUAAUUACGCAUGAGCGUUAAUUCGUUCACAAAACUGCUUUUCCCUGCUUCUGGAGGCAGGACUUCAAGUUGUUUUUUUACGUUUGUGUCCCCAAUAUCGGCCAUCAUCUCACGGCGCAUAACAGUACACCCACAAUCUUCGGCUUGACUUCGCCAUGAGAGCAGCACUGCUGAGCCACAAGAUCCCAGCAACGUCUAGCAAUUGCGUCACAAAUGGUCUGAUCAGUGAUUGGCUACACGCCUAAGCUAUCGAUCGGCGCAGCCAGCAAAUCCAGCGCGUCAAACGAUAGCGCCUGUCCACUGAAUGCUCAGAAGCGAACUUGCGGAUAUGACGACAGACACAGGGCACAGUCUGUAAUUCCUACAAUAAGACACCUGCGAAGGCCGGUUAUAGUAAAAAGGCUGUUUAUUCAGUCCAAACAUGUUUGGUCGUGGAUCCUCGCCCGGUGCCUCGUUCCCCCAGAUUUUACAGUCUCUCCCAUUAAACACGCGAACUAACGCAUACUGCUUUCGUCCCUGAGACGGUGGUUACCAUUUUAGCUGUCUUGAUGCCAAAUUGGUAUAUUUAUAGCGGCCGCACAAAGCAGAGCUGCUGAAAAUUGCCACAAAAGGCAUUCCAGAAAUUCAAGUAACGAGUCUGCGUCCUAUUUUGAUUAUUGGAGAACAUUUUGGAAACUCGAUAGUUUUGUCAAACUGAUCAAUUCAACAUAACUGGUCUGUUCGAAAUGGCCAACUUGAAAGUAGCUUAAAUGCAAUUCCGAAUGGCUUAACCCUAAGCAUAUUUAAAUUGUCGCAUUGCGUAUGUAGAUGUUAUAUACGCCCUUCCAAAAAUGAAUUCUUUUGAAUAUUAAAAGCAAGAACAACAAAAACUAACCAUAACGCAAUUUUGUUUUUUUCCCAGUUUCUGUGCCUGGUGAUGAAUACAAGAGAUUGACGGGAUAUGCAGCUACAGGGUUAGGUCAUACGCAUGGUCCGAGUUGGCAAACAGCAAGUAAGCAAUGGUCUUUUGGUAAAACUGUGUUGUAUCAGUUUGUAAUCUUUGUGAACAGAAACCCGAUCCCCGGAAAAAUGAUAAGGGUGCUAACACAUCUGACAGCCGAAGCAAAAGCUGGGCAUUUUUUGCAGUUUUUUCCGGUUUGUUUUCACAAAAGUAGAUUAACUUCCGUCUAAUCACGAAAGCGCUGUAGUGUCAACUAUAAAAAGGUGAGGACACAGAAUAACACGAUGACUUGGUUUUUUCCCUGAGUGGGAUCGCAAACUGGGUUCUUGCCUGACUUUCUUUUGAAUUAUGAAAAACCCGGAGUCACAAACAAAAUACAAAAUCCUGUACUGAGACAGAAAGCCCCAUUGGACGGGGAUGACUGCGAUGCUCAGACAAAGAGGAAUGAGGACGUAGCAACAACCAAGCUGCGUCUGAUCCUUCUUGUGAGGAUACUGUAAUGCGCGGAAAAAUUGCCUGCACAGAGUAGGCAUGUAUCAGGAGGCCAUGGUAUACUUCCUGGAAAGUUGUUUCAUUUGUUAAUCGUAUAAACUUUUCAUUCCUCGAGGGUAUGUUGUGAAUGAAUUGCACACGGUGCUAUAGAAGUCUUUUAACUGAAGUUGUCGACAACCUAAGGUCGACUUUUUUCAUUAAUUAGAACACGGGUGUGUGUGUUUCCACCAAUCUGACGCAUUGGGGAAACUGAACUAUCUUUUAGACCGGUUUUUUAUAUCUAAAAGAAGUCCUUUUCAGGUCCCUAUUUCAUGGUUCAACGCAUUCAAAUGCUCCCGAUUCUGUGUGACAUUGAUUUGUUAUUGUGGUCGAUAACAUGCAUUUGCUUAAGAUCCUGGAGAAUUUUUGAGCGAAUUCCAAAAAUCAUUAGCAAUUUGUUGACGAAAGUCCAUGACUCGUCCAAAGUUACGAUAGGCGGUGAUUUGUUAGUACGUGUCGCCUCUCUAAAAAUUGAAUAUUUAAAGUCUCUACAAAUGCAACCACUUAAAACUGAAUUUACUCUAUUCGACAAACGGCAAGAUUACAGGCAGCGGCGAUUGACCAAGACGAGUGGGAAGAUAUUUAAAACCCAACCGUUCAGUCACACAAUGGACUGGAGAAGUCCGAAAUAAUUUCCCGAAAAGCGCGUUUCUGUGCUUCCAGAAUCUGAUACUAAGUGUUUUCUGAAUAAAUGCUGCAGAAAUUAGUCCAUCCUUCAUCAAUGAAACAUGAGACAAAGGUAGGAAAUCUCACAAAAGCAUCCACAAACAGUAACUGUGCUAACUCAUGAAAUGUUGACCAAAUUCUGAAAUGCGUUUUCGACUCAAAAAGAUUACUUGAAUUGGGUUGUAGUAGUAAUCCCCGUGCAGCAUAAUUCCGUGAUAAUUCGGUUACUUCAUGAGGCUGGCUUUUGAGCGACCUUCUUUUCGGCCGCCUGCAAAAAUUGUGCUCGACAAAAAUUGGCUACUUAGACAGUGCGGAUUUUUUCGCCUACAUUUUCAAUGCCCUUAUAAAUCCAAAAUAUAUUUCAUAGACAAAAUGCAUUAAAAUGCUUAUCCUUUUACUCACUUGGUAGAAGAUUACGUCUACUUCAAGGUUAAUACUUGAAAGGAGGGAAUUAUUUGGUUUUAAAAACUUUUAUAAUUACUGAGUAAUUUUGAAACCGGCAUGCCGUUACACUUGCAUUCAGGGUUUCCAGACUACAAGCUUUAUAUUUUCCGUGUACGGAAAAUCAUACACUUUCCAACCGCAUUAAGAGGAGGCGGCAACAGGAUUUAUAAAAUUUAUCAAUGGAUUUGGGCAUAUUGUAAACUUUAGAAGCAACACUAGUAAAUGCAGGGACACGAUGUUUUGUGAACAGGUAUUUCACAGUCUUAAAAACCUCACAAUGGGAAACUUUUUAAAACCAAGUUAUACCCUUUUUUCAAGUAUGCGAUUUGAAAAAGACGUAACUGUCUGCCAAGUGAGUAAAAGGAUAAAUAUUUUCAUGCAUGUUUUCUGUGAAAUAUAUGUGAAUCAAGGCGAAAAAAUCAGCACUUUAUAAGAAGAAGAAGAAGAAGAAGCGACCGCUGGAACAAGGAGUUUAUUCGCCUGACGUUUCGGAUUCUCACUUAAACCCAUUCCCAUACACAAUGGCAAAAAGAGUGACUCGUGCACAGGAAGUUGCAUUAUUUAUAGGAUGAAGUCGCUAUGUCACCGCAUACCUAUAGUAAUUAGCCGCGCUCCCCUUCAUCAAGAAUUGUUGCCCACUGGUGCGCUAAUUGCUUGAUGGCCGGCAUGCGAGUUGUUCAUUGCUGAAAUCUCGUCACCCGUGUUGGAUGCUGGCGUGAUGAUUGCUCAGCCAUCUGGCUCAUCGGCUUGCGCGCUCCCCGAGUGGCCAAUUAUAUUGGCCAGAUUAUGCCUCAGCACGGAAUAUGGAGUUGGGAUGUCGUUGCACUUGUUAACAGACUGAGGUCCCGUGAACCAUGACUCAGACAACUCACGGUUCACGCGAUUAUCCCCCCUCGCGAUAAUUUCGGCCUCAUCGAACUUGAAUGUGUGGCCGGGUCUCGUCGAAUGGGCCGCGACCUGAGACUUGGUGUCAUUUCUCCGCACCGCUGCCGCGUGCUCGGCAAUCCGCGUCCGGAACAGCCUUCCAGUUUCUCCGACGUGGUUGUUUUGUCCGCAACUGCACAAGAUCCGGUAACCCGUUUGACAUGGGAUUAUGCUGCAUGGCGAUUAGUAUUACAACCCUACUUUAGGCAAUCUUUUUGGGUCGGAAACGCAUUUCAGAUUUUCGGCUAACAUUUUAGGAGUUAGCGCAUCUACUGUGUGUUCGUUCCUCGAGCAAUCUCUCACAUGACGCGCACCACUUAAAGGUCCAUCGGCGCUCAUGAAAGACUUGAACCGCAAAUAAGACAAGACUGUACGUUUCAGUGCAAAGAAACUUGUAGCUAUUAAGGGUGUCUUUGAGGAGAAUAUGGUAAGGUCUCAUUCGUGAACUUAAGACAACCGGCAUCCUUCUGUUGUUCUUCGGUUUCUAAUAAAAGCGGUUUCAAGAAGUGGGCAUGUUGCAGUGGUCGAAUUCCAACGGUUGAAUGACAACCCCGUUUGUCGACCUCAUGCAGUGCCUAGGGAAAUGGGGGGAGGGGUCAAACAAGGUGGACUAGCUAUGUGCCAUUCCCUUGCACCCCUUUAGCGAAGAGAAAAAAGGGCAUGAUAAACAGGUCUAGUGAAAUAUUUUUUUGAAUUUUAUCUAGGCUACACAAAAAGGGACCAAGAGGGCGCUAAUUGAACUGUUGUCAAAACAUUUAUAUUAUCGCCUUUUGGUUUAAAAGCAAACAUGUUUUAAGUGAAGGGUUUUUUUGUUUUGCGCAUCUCUAUGAGACUUUCCGUUCCUGGAAAAAAUAUUUUCAUAAUUUUUAAAAAGGCAGCAUAGAAAGUGCGCAACUGACUUUUAUUGUAUUUUUUACAAAUGCAACUAGUCCAAAUCAAGAAACGUACGAUUGUAUAAGCUUUGGUUCAGCCCAUAAUACUUGGUUUGCAUCUAACUCCCAGAUUCCGAACACCGUGUGUGCUAUCGUUAAUGAUGCUGUGCACUUAACUUCUAGUCCCAAGUCUCCUCUGUGUACAAUUUCAAUAUAAAGAGACAAAUGUGUGUUUAAAACUGCUCUUUCAUGCGUUUUAGCCGUAAUGUCCAUCCUCUGUGUUGGGGCGGCUGUCAUCGGUGUCAUCUUGGGCGUGAUGUAUUGGCCGAAGUAAGUUUUCGACUGGCAUGAGUCUGCCUGCCUUUUCGUGGGCGUAUGGAGCAUGUUAAGCACAACAUGUACCCAAAUUUCGACCAAACUACGAUCAAAAGGGACUACAACAAUGAACCAUAAAAACAAUGUCUAGUCAAAAAAGGGGAAAUCGGGAUUUUUUAUUUACCUGUAGCAAUGGCUUGAUGGGUACUUUCUUAUAAAGGAUCAAUUUAAAUGGCAGGAACAGGAGUAACAAAUAAUGAAAAUACACAUGUAAAGCAUGGCAAUAGAAUUCUCUCCCCCGGUAAUACAGGUGGCCUUGCGCAGAAUUCCAGGGCGGGUACCUAGGUAACAAUCGGGAGAGGACACCCAAAUAUCCGUUGCCUAGAAAUACUACCUGCUAUACCUAUUUGAGUAGGUUAUGGCCCUGCAUAUUUGUUGUUUCAUCCGGCCUCGAUUUUAUCUGAUCUGCAGUGCACGUGUUGCCUCACUUAGAUUACCAUAGUCUCCAACAGUUGAGGUGCGACCGCUGCAGACCGAGCCAUGAUUAAUCAACUUUGACCUAGGCUUACACGGCUGAAGAGUGACAGCAGUAGUGGGUCUGCGGCUAAAUUUACCCUUGCAUACCUUAAGAGAGUUGAGAAACGAUCGCUGUAGACCAACCAUUGGUUUGCCAUCCUUCACAUAUGCUUGCUUAGGUCACGAGCGACGACAUUAGUCCGUUUGCGGCCUACUUUAGAACAGCAUGGCUUAGGAAAGUUGGGUAAUGAUCGCUUUAGACCAAUCCUAUGUUUACCACCCUUGACAUUAGCUUCCACAGCUUGAAGAGCGAGCGCAGUAGUCGAUAUGCGGCUUAAUCUGUGGUAGCAUACGUUCAAGCGCUCAACGAUACGAUCGCCGUGGACCGGCCCUUUGGCUUAUCCGUUAUGGCCAUGUCUUCCUUAGGUGAGGAAUGACCGUAAUUGUAGGUAUGGCACCAUACACUUUGUACAGUUGCGAAAGGAUCGCCGUAGACCCACCCUACGUUAAGCAACCUUAAUAUAAGCUUCCACUGCUGACAAGCGACCGCAGUAGUCCCUAUGCGGCUUAUUCUAUAGUAGCUUACCUACGGGCAAUUGCAAUACGAUCGCCGUUGACCGAACAUUUGCAUUAUUAAUUUUUACCAUUACUUCCAGAGGUCAGGAGCUAUCGCAGUCGCCAGUGUGCGGCUCAGUCAAUGGCUGCAUAGCUUAGGACAGUUGCUAUAAGAUCGCUGCUUUGGCCGGCAGUAUCUUUUUGGGUGCCCUCUCCCGAUUGUUACCGGUACCUAUUUUCGUGUCCUAACCCUAACCCGGACCUUAACCUUAACUCUGAUCUCCCUGACAUUUUGCGCAAAGCCAUCCCUGUUACGGGGCUCCAAUUCCCGUGUUCUGUCCGAACACAUAAAGAAAAUAUUUUGCAGUGAAUUUGGUUCUUAUCGCUGAUCUACGGCAGACUAACCUUAUAAUUUACCUCAGAAAUACCGCACUUCCAAAUACCCGCUUGGCAAAUUACUCUAUGGUCUUUUCAGCAUGACAAUGAACUCUAUUUAACUACGAGUCUGGCCGUGAUGCACAAAGGGGGACUAAGGAAAAUGCAGGCAAGAAGUCAGUCGGAAUCGAAAAGCUGGUCUUUCGAAAUUACGCAGAUGUCAGGCUUAAACAUUGCAGCAAGCAUCUCCUUUCCAAAAUCAUCUGGCCUAACACAGGUCUUAACAACUGAAAGAGCUAUAUCUACUGUCUCACCUUUCAUUCUAUUGCCAAAACUUGUCAUCGAGAGUCGUCAAUUUUUUUGGCGGAGUCAAACGUGAGAAAGGUCGGUUGUGGCUUAUUCACUGUCACCGGCUAGUUAUGUCCCAAAGCCAGACUGCACUUUUAGGACUAUCCUGACUCACUUGACUACCAAACGUCGUUCUUUCCAUUAUAUUAUAAUCUAAAAUCAUGCAGCUUACACAGGACACGUUUGGUUGCUGGAAUUGACACGAAUCGAGUUGUCCUGAUCACAGGACGGGUAUGGGCAUUUUUUUCGUCUUGGAACCUAGGGUCUGCAGCUCCCAUCGGUGGUGGCGUGCCAGUUAGUAAUCAAUAAUCAUUGUUCCACGCGGUAGAUGCUCCGGGCUAACACGGGGGGGGGGUAGAUCGGAGCCCGGCCGGCGUUAUCGGGAAUGAGCACCCCCAACAAAUGUCAAAGUUCUGGGUAUGAUGGCAGGUCCAGUUGCAGGCUCAGGCCGCGCCAAUUGGGAUCGGAGCCGUCUCCCCAAUAUUUGUUGUGGUUCCAAAUCCUGGUCAAGUGUUUGUUGUGGAUCGGCGAGUGUGGUGGGACGCCUUGGUGCACGUUUUCGUCUAGCCGACCACCCGCGUCCUCUUCCAUCUCCGGUCUUCUUGACUUGGUCAUGACACCGGGCCCAGGUGGGGGCGCAGAAGGGGGUACGAUAGAUGCUGUGGAAGUCCACCAUCAGUACAAACUAAUUCACGCACAAGUCACCAUCCCUACUCUCACCCUAGUGGACAUCAUCGAAACCAACAGACAGACUGUCAUUCAAUAAUUGAAGAUGCGUGUCCACCGAGAUGUCCUGUGAGAUUGAAAGGGCCUGUCAAUGUUGACUAAGCUGUUGCACUCCCAAGCCCGUUACGUAAACCGCUUCUGUGGAAAUGUAACUGUCCUCAGGCGUUUCCAGUCUGGAGCGUGGUAUUUUUCCGGGUCAAUCGAAAAGGGAUUUGAAAAAUUUAAAUAGAAAUUUUGGUUCUCAUAUCUUGGAAAUUUCUGACUGGAUGCUGUGCUUUGUGAGCUAUGAGAGCGACAACUGGGCCAGCCACCAAAAUAAUUACUUGAAGAUGCUCUGUUAGAUUGUCCAGAAAACAGCUAUCAAAAUUUAAUAUUUCUGAUGUUUAACUUCUUCACUAACGGGCGCAUGAAGCACGGAGAAGAGUCGAUUACAUAUACCCAAAGUUCGCUCCAGCACCUCCAUAUACUAAGAAACGACUCAAAUCUAUCGGCCGCCCUUCUACAUUUUUCAAAGGAGGAAUUGCGUGAAAGCCCAGGAUAGACAUCCAAAGCCGUUAAAUCGGACUGAAACACCCAUUAGAAAAGAGGACAGUAAUAAAUGAUCUGUGCCGUAUUCGCCGCAGAUGGCAGACGAGUAACUUUGCCCUAAAUAUGGAAGGAUUAAGCGGAAGGCGAAUGGGUGAGCAAGAAUGGUCAUACAAAAGGGACGAUGCUGAGUCAGAAAUCCCAAUUGAAUCAUCGCCAGCGGUUCAGACCUUUGAUUUAGAAAAGACAGGUUUCUUCGAAGUAGAUGAGAGACGCAAAAGUUAAAGGUCACUUGGUAAUGGUUUUCUAUAUACAUUCCGUCAAAACCGGCAUAACCGUUCAAGUGGAGCCACAAGAAAUUGGCGAAAGCGGUUAAGAACGCGUCAAAGCAACCGGAACGAGAGCUCAAGACUAGUGACUCACUCAUGGUCUAUUAAUCACCACGUAUGCGAUGAUGUUGACUUUAAGUCUUAUCGAUAAAAACGCGUUAUCCUUGUUUCGGCGAUGCGUGUGAGCUUUAAGUCGAAAUGCCAGCCCAGAGCACCUGGUUUUUUUUUUUAACGAUGAAGGGUUCGUCUUGGAAGUAACCCUGUAGAACUUACGUUGCUGCUUGUAUUGACAGGGUGAACUGGGGAAGUCUGAAAGGGGGCCUCACAAAAAAUGCGCCUGGAAGAGUAGCUUACGAAUACGCGGCAUAAACAACAACCACGACGAAAUUUCUACCGUAGGUACAGAUGAGCUGCCGAAGAAAAUUGGGGGCUUCUUUCGCAGGAUUUGUUGGAAGAACGUUUAUGUUAGUAAAAAAUAAGAUAACGAAUAUACGUAAAAAUAGAUGUCCUUGAAAUUGUAUUCAGUAAAACGGGCGAUAAGGCGCGUAGUAGACCUAACCGAUUACGUCCGAGACCUUGGCUGCAAUUUUUGAGUUCAAAGCCCACCUCCUGCGAUUUGCAGCCGUCUUGGGAAACGAGAAAAUAGGCCUUGUGCUGGGCUCAAGCCAGAUAGCUCAAUAAUGGCAUUCACCAGGUAGACGUAUUUUCACAAAACGCAUAAAAUAAACUCCCUAGAUACCAUUUUAUUGGCGAGACCGCUGUAAACUGUUUCUCCCUUCCACUCUUAUUCCCUCUUCAGACGGGCUUGAGUCCUUUCAUUUUUUAUAUUCUCCAUACGUCUCGGUGGGUAGAUGAAAAAUAUUCCAAAGGCACAGCUUUUGUAGCCUAGAGGAUUGCGACUUAACGAUCCUAGAAAUGAAUCUAACAAAGUAUGGUAGUAGGUUAUUUUACUCUUGUGGUUCUCUAACGCUGCUGAAAAGUAAGUCUUGCAUAGCCGAUUGCAGUCCCCGUAAACUCCAUUGUAUAGUCGUAGAUUGUCGCUGACGGCCAUGGACUGUCGAUUUAACAGUAGUUAUUAUCUGUACUUACAGAAAAUCCUUCGGAGACCCAGCUGAUGAAGGUAUGCCGAUAGCAAAACAUGGAAAAUCGGAGACUUCGGCGGCGGACAAAUCACAGACAUCAUCCGGGGACCAGUCAUUAGCAAAAUCUGCCCAAAUGUACCAUUAUCAACAGCAAAAGCAGCAGAUGUUGGCAAUGGAACAGUGGGUCUCCUGUUUAAUUCAAAUUGGUUUAUUCAAUCAGACACGCGGCGAAAGUUUUCCAGCGUCAUACCAGAAAACAGAAAUUUAAAAACAUGCAGGGGAAGCACAAGAAAUCCUCACUAUAAUUCGUAAUCUUACCAAUAGUUAUAUUUCUGGUGGCAAACUAUGAGAAAUAGGGAACUCGCAGAAUUAACAGACUUGUGAUCCCAACUGAUGACUAACUGUCAAGGCCAAAUUCGGAUUUUGAAGGUUUACUGGUACAGCCACGAAAAACAGGACCGCCGACUGUGCUGUUUGGUCAAUAUUCCCCUAUUUCUGACUCUAUAGACCAGCCCAAGACAGCCUGGGCGACGUUUCCCUUGGGAUACCUCGAAGAUGAAUAAUUUCAGCAGACAGACUUCAUAUAAUAAAUAUCUGCAACAGUUAGGGCAUGCACUAGGACAGACUACAGGAGUAUAGGCUAUGUGAAUUCUGUAUUUUCUCAUUAUUUUCCAGAUGCUCCUAUGCCAGAAACCGACUUUUGCCGAUUUUUACAAAUUGCCUUAUCCGAAAUGUAUCAAUUUACGAGAAGGAAGCUCUCACACCAGGCAUAGGCCUUAACUAAGGGAAUACUACAGCUGUCGAUCAGCCUUGAAGGACACCUGCGAGUAUGAAAGCAUGGACUAGAGUGUACAACCAUAGGCAAAUUUUGAACAGAUGAAACUAGAAAAGAAUUAGAGUAAGUAUUCGCUGGUAGGUAGCGCACGUGAAUAAAUCUAAUAGGUAUGGAAGAAAAGGGCCACGAUAUCGGUCCAGUACCACAAAAAAGGCAAACGGUCAGUUUCCUUUAAGGCCCUAGGUAUACGGCUAAAAUACGGCAAAUUUGCGUAAGAAAUCUACUAAAUUCCGGUCUGUUUGAUCUACUGGGCAAGGAAAACAAAGAAAUACCUUUUAACUAGAUGCUUCUUUCCUUUAACAAUUUGACAGGGCUUCAGGGAGGACCCACGCCUUUGAAAGCGAACCUGAAAGUGGAAGUGAAGUCGAGGAACCAAAUGUAAACGUCUACGAAUGUCCCGGAUUAGCAACGGUAACUAUCUCUUGCGCCGACGAACGUUAUACUGUUAUUAGUACUUUAACCCUUUUUAGCGUUAAUCGGAGACUUGCUCAAGUUUUUGAAAAAUAUAUCGACUGAAAGUAAAUGCCUUUUCAAUUCAGGCGUUUUAUAGUGUGCUUUAUCAGACUUCAUUCUGGUGUUGAUGACAUUCAUGUUAGCGCAUGUCGAAAGUAUAAGCCUGUGUCGAAAAGGCAUACUGUCUAUAUUCUGGAAGAUCCUACCUGAAAACUUCUUCAGUCGAAAUGACCGCAGCGGUUUGGAAUCAGUUUUUUUAAGUGAAACUCCAAGCCAUAGGACACGCAACUGGACUUUGGAGGUAGCUACUUGAUUUCCCCAAAACGAACAGCCAAAGGUGUAGGCAGAUAACAAAAUAAGAGAUUUCCGAAAAAUGAAAGCUUCUCCGAAACUUAAUUAUGAAACAGUUAACAGCGAAAACCUACUACUGCUCUCAUUGUGACUGACUUUUUAAGUCUGAUCCCAUGGGUAGCCAAAGUGAUUAGUCACUUACCUGCGCCCGUAAGGGAAAACUAAAGGAAGUUCGUUAAUUAAUUUUCAAGUAAAAUGCACACUGUGCUGAGUUCUGAUUCCCGCUAUGCAUGAAAAAUUAAUUUCAAUCCUUCCAUCGUUCGCUCUCUUUUGUUUGUUCAAAAUAGGCUGGGGAGUUCGAUGUAGCCAAUCCGCUUUUCCAUGAGGAGGAAACCAACAAGGAUGGUCCAUCUAGCAGCACUCAGCAUAAUUAA